AUGUCCGGCAAGAUCAAGUCAAAGGAUCUGCAGUACGAUUCAACCUUGCCACCAUUCCUGCAGAGACUGCAUGACCAAAAUGCAGGUAGAGGUGACUCUGACCGCCAUGAGCGGCCUAUCGCGCGUCCAAAGCGUGCCCGAGAUCCCGACGAGGACGACGACGGACCUACUGUUGUAGAUGAGAGUGGCGAAACCGUAAGCAAAGACGACUUGGAGCAGCUGACCAAGCCCGGGACCGAGUCCGCCAGCGUCAGUGAGGAUGUUGGCGGAAGUAUCAGUGGUGAUGUCCAUACGGAUGCCGCCCCGAAGGCCUCCGGUGCGCUGCCCGUGAACGGCGAGAGCCAUGCAUUGCGUAAGGUCACUGAUGGCUUGACUACCAAAAAGCGGAAGGCUGCGAAGGUGGUCGGCGACGACCAAGCCAAAGACGAAGGCGCCGAGAGCGCCGAGAAGGGCAAGUCAAGCAGCUCAAGAGGCGGAAAGGCUCCGGCGAAAACGAAGAAGAAGCCGAAGGCCGUCAAGCUCGCGUUCAACGAUGACGAUGGCUGA